AUGGGCAAAUGGCGUUAUGGUAUCGUCCUGGACGCAGGCUCGUCUGGGACUCGCGUACACGUUUACCGAUGGCUACGAAAUGCCGCUGCACGAAAGAAGGCCGAUGCGGAGGAAUUGAAAUCGUUACCGGAAAUUAAAACCAAGGAAGAAUGGACCAAGAAGAUACACCCUGGUGUCUCUUCCUUUGCCCAAAACCCCGAACUGGUUGGAUCCGAUCAUCUGGCCGGACUUCUGGAUCACGCAAAGGGAAUCAUUCCGAGAGAGGAUGCAAAGGAUACGCCGAUCUUUUUACUUGCCACAGCAGGCAUGCGACUACUUGGAAACCUCGAACGACAAUUACUUCUGGAUCAGAUCUGUUCGUAUGCUCGUGAUAACACGGAGUUCCUACUGCCCGAUUGUGGAGUUCAUAUCCAGGUGAUUCCGGGCGUGACCGAGGGACUCUAUGGGUGGAUUGCGACCAAUUAUCUCAUGGGUGCGUUUGACACACCGGACAAGCACGACCAUGGGAAGGGACAUCACACCUAUGGAUUCCUCGAUAUGGGUGGCGCAUCUGCUCAGAUUGCAUUUGCGCCGAAUGCCACGGAAACGGAGAAACACGCCAACGAUUUGAAGCUGCUGCGGUUGCGAAACAUUGAUGGAUCGGUCCAAGAGCACAGAGUCUUUGUUACGUCUUGGUUGGAAUUUGGUGUGCAUGAAGCCCGCCGACGCUAUCUGGAAGCCUUGCAGGCCGCGACUGGACCAGAGAUCAAAGAAUUACCCGACCCUUGUCUUCCCAGUGGAUUGCGCACGACUCUUGACGGCAAAGAUGUAUCUGGAUCUGACGACGAAGAGAGCUAUCUAAUAGGCACGGGCAAGUUUGAUGAAUGUCUACGACAGACCUUUCCUUUACUGGACAAGGAUGCACCGUGUGCGGAUCAGCCCUGUCUUCUGCACGGUAUGCACGUUCCAGCCAUUGAUUUCGAUGUCAACCAUUUCAUUGGAAUCAGCGAGUACUGGCACACCACGCACGAGAUCUUCGAAAUGGGUUACAAAGACAAGGCAUAUGACUUCAACACGUACCAGGAACGGGUUAAUACGUUUUGCUCUCAAGACUGGGACUCGAUCGAGCACGGUCUUGAAGUGAAUCAGUGGGGAGUGAAGGUCAAUCGUCAAAAGGCCAACGAGGUAUGCUUCAAGGCAUCAUGGAUCAUUAACAUGCUCCAUGAUGGUAUCGGCGUUCCUCGUGUGGGCUUAGAGGAAAUCACCUACCCUGCUCACAACGGCACCAAGGAAGUCUUAUCUCACGGAAAGGAAAAGGGUUAUCUUGAUGCUUUCCAAGCAGUUAACAAGAUUGACUCGACCGAAGUGAGCUGGACUCUGGGCAAGAUCGUUUUAUAUGCAUCUUCCCAGGUGCCUAUGGAGAUUGAAGAGGCUCUCCCCGUUGGCUUUGGCAGCAACCUCCCCGGUGUGCCGUCAGACUUCCAAUAUCCCAGUGUUCAGCUGCUGCCGGACUCGGACAGCUUCCAUAGCGAGCACUGGCAUGAUGCAUUGUUUGACGGCGAUUCCCCUCGCCGGAUCCCAGGCUUCCUCCUCUUCAUGCUUAUAAUUGUGGUGGCUGGCUUUUUCCUAUGUGGACGCAGCCGCCGGUCACGCAUCUACAACCGCAUCACUAAUGUCCUUCGUCGCGGUGGACCCUCCCAUCCAAAUCACCCAAAGAAGCGAAAGGGUCUCAAGGCGAUGCUCCCGUUCCUCGGCCGGAGCGCUCCAUCCUAUGAACGAGUCCUUGAAGACGGCGCCCAAGACUUUGAACUUGGCGUCACUGACUCGGAUGGCAGCGAGGAUGGAGGCCGAUUAUCGGAAGCCGACUCCGCCAGAUUGGGACCACCAAAGCGAGCCUCCAGCUGGGGUAGUAAUAGCAACACCCCCAGCUUUAAAUACGCCUUGGACAACAGCUCAACCGGGACGAUUGGACUCGGAAUCAGCGGCGGCUCCGGCAUCGCAAUGGAUCGAGCAGGCUUAGUAGUGAGGACCGAAAGCAGGGACCAUCUUGCCCCCAUUGCUCUCGGGCCCACCACUAACGGCCGUCGAUCAAGAGCCGGCAGCCCGACGAGAUCCCAUCACCAAAAGUCACCCAGCUUGACGCCCCUCGCCGACGACUAA